CACAACCGUCAGAGCAGUUUGCGGGGAUAAACGCCAAACACAUUCAGCCGAAAUGUCGAAGGUGGAAGGAGGAAUGAAAUGUGUGAAAUACCUUUUGUUCGUCUUCAACUUUAUAUUCUGGUUGAUGGGCUCCUUUGUUCUGGCAGUGGGACUGUGGCUGCGUUUUGACCCUGAGACUGUGUCUCUCCUCAAUGGUGAUAAGGCUCCAGAUACUUUCUUCAUUGGCGUGUAUAUCCUGAUAGGUGCUGGCGGUCUGGUGAUGUUAGUUGGUUUCUUUGGCUGCUGUGGAGCUGUUCGGGAAUCUCAGUGCCUGCUGGGUUCAUUCUUUGCCUGCCUGUUGAUCAUCUUUGGUGCUGAGGUGGCAGCAGGAGUGUUUGGAUUCUUAAACAAGGACAAGAUUAUCAGCGACGUUCAGACCUUCUAUGCAACAACCUACAAUGAAAACAAUAAUGGCACAUUGAUCAUUUCAUACCAGAAAGUACUGAACUGUUGUGGAACCAUGAAAAGCCCCUGCUCUGAUUCCACAACAGAUAUUAAGGACUGUGAGACAGGCAUCAAGGAGUUCUUCAACAGUAAACUCUACAUCAUUGGAUAUGUGGGCAUUGGCAUUGCUGGAGUCAUGAUUAUUGGGAUGAUCUUCAGUAUGGUGCUCUGUUGUGCCAUUCGCAACAGCAGGGAGGUCAUUUAAGCUGGAUCUUUAACCUCGACCCCUCCUGUCCAGCCAUGAAAGACUGUACAGCCUUCGGAUCAAAUGUCAACCUUUGUCCAUCAUCCAUCCAGGGACCCAGGAAAUAGGUCAUGUUCAAAAAAUCCUUUCCACUGUGGUGCUCAAACCAGCUCUCCUUGCCUGCUACUUUCUCAGUAUUUUUAUUUAUUUAUUUGCAGUCAAAGUAGCAUUCUCUCAUAAAUUUCUCAAAUAUAUCCAGUGGGAACAGUAUAAUUUCUAAUGUUGACCUGACAAUCUGUCAAAAUUGUUUUUCCCCAUGGCCAUUUGGCUACCAUCAAAAAUUUUGACCCACAUACUGUCGCAGUGGUGUCAAUGCUUUUUCACACAGCCUUGACACUGACCCCUUGGCUGUGGGAAACUUUGGCCUGAAGAGAGCAAUCUGAGGUGAAAGCACAGCUGAGUUUACUUAUCUGUGCUCACAAAUGAACAGACACACACACACACACACACACACACACACACACACACCCUCAUGAACGCGCAUAGACACACAAGCACAGCAAUGUUGUGUUAUGUGAGACAGCAGCCUUAAAAAAGGUUGUCCGGAAUCUCGUAGAGGGAAUGGUCAGUAAAUGUUCUGCAAAUGCAUCUUUCAUGCAGAUCCAGUGCUCACACACACACACACACACACACACACACACACACACGCACACACGCACACACUGUGAACUUUACAAUCAAACCAAUUGUUCUCUACAAGACAAAUCUGCAGUACGUUUA